GCCGGCGCGCCGGCCGACCCGUUCCUCGGCCUCGCUGUCUCGCCGCUGCACAACAACAACAGCAAGACAUCCUUCUACAUCCGCGACAUUCUGGACGGCCGCAAGUUCACCGGCCGGCGGGAGUUCCUGGACACGAGCAGCCCGGAACUGAGCGACACUCAGUCCACAGACACGCUUUGCGACGUCUCGCCGGCCGACGGCGACGGUGACGGCGACGGCGACGGCGACGACGCGGACGCAGACAGCGAGGCGCGACCAUCGAAGAAGAAGUGCGCGUCCGACUCCAAGGGCGGAAAGCCGCGACGCGCGCGUACCGCCUUCACGUACGAGCAGCUGGUGUCGCUGGAGAACAAGUUCAAGCAGACGCGCUACCUCUCCGUGUGCGAGCGGCUCAACCUGGCGCUCUCCCUCAACCUGACCGAGACGCAGGUGAAGAUCUGGUUCCAGAACCGGCGCACCAAGUGGAAGAAGCAGAACCCGGGCGUGGACGUCAACAGCCCGACGGUGGGUCCGUCGCCGCCGUUCCCGCCGUUCUCGUCACCGUCGCUGCUGUACCCGACCGGCGCGCAGCUGCACAGCUUCCCCGGGCUCGGUCUGCCCUGCGUGCUGCCGCACGGGCUCGCUUCCCACCCCUUCUACUCGCACAUCAACCGCUGACGCGUCGACUCAGGCGCGCCGUAUGACAAUGCAGAUGCGGCUCCGGGGGCCUUGCGUGGCGCCGGGAUUCGGGGGAGGGUGGAUUCGCGAGGCAGGCAGUCCACGCGUCUGUUUGCGAUCGUUCCGCGGCGUCUAUAUCAGCGUUUGCACUGGCUUCUUCGUCAUGCCGCUCCGCAGUGCGCUCGCGUGUACGCCAGGGUUCGGUCCUCGGUCCGCUGUUUUUUGUGAUUUGGGGAACUGACGCCUCCGUGGCUCUUUUGCUGUUUUGAGAGUGCAAUAGCUGCGCACUAGAGCGUGGCGCCGAACUUGGCCCUGUCUAUGGCUCCAAUCCGGAUCAGAUCCUCCGGCCAUUUCGACAGUUAGAGGAAGGCGUCACGUCACGUUUGCUGUCACGUGCGACCCCUGCUGAGACAGUGAGUGAUAUGGAUGAGGCCUGGGUGCGCCACAUAUAGUUAGUCUAGUUGUCCAUUUUAUGUGCAUACCUAAGACAUCAUAUAGGACUAAAUGAUGAGUGUUAAAUUUUAUAUCUGUUGUUACAUUGUUUGCAUGAUGUAUCGUGUAAAAAUAAAUGAAUCACGGUGUUGUUCACA